UUCUGAGCAGUAGUCAAUCGGCAUAAACGUUGUUAAACGUCUUCCCAUAGAGUUAACGCCAAUUUGAAAAUAUGUCGGCUAAAAGAGGUUUGGGUCACACGGAGUAUUUGGAGAAGAAAAUUCCAAGAAAUCCAAAAUAUCAACAUGUUAAAUCAAGACUUGAUACAGGAAGUAGUCUGACAAAAUAUAUGGAGAAGUUAGAAGAAAUCAAAAGAAAUUACCGGUAUAGAAAAGAUGAGCUUUUUAAAAGACUUAAAGUGACUACAUUUGCACAACUGGUCCUCCAGGUUGCCUCGGUUUCAGAACUAGAUAAUGUUGAAAGUGAUAAAGACCUUGCUAGUAUUUCAGACAGCAUUUCAGUGGUGUCUGCUGCAGACACAGAACAGCAUUCAGUAAUGACUAAGGGAAAAGACAGCCCUGAGAGACAGCAGCAGUCAUCACCUGUUGAAUUUUUUGAUAGCAAUAAUGAAACAGAAGAGAGAGUCUUAUCAGCCAGAUCAACACUUCAAAGUGUCAUAACUGGUGUCGGUGAAAUGGACUUAGAAAGACCCGAACUGAAGAAUUUCAACCAUAACAUAAUGAAUGAGAUGGAUGUUAAUAUACCCUACCCAGACUGUCCUUAUUUACUACUUGAUGUAAGGGAGAAAGAUCAUUAUGAUCAGUGCCAUAUAAUUGGAGCAUACAGUUACCCAAUUGCAACUCUUUCCAGAACAAUGAAUCCAUACACAAAGGAUAUAUUGGAAUAUAAAAAUGCUUCUGGAAAGAUCAUCAUUGUUUAUGAUGAAGAUGAGAGAAUUGCUAGCCAGGCUGCUACUACUAUGUGUGAACGAGGUUUUGAAAAUUUGUUUAUGCUUUCAGGAGGUUUAAAAGUAAUAUCUCAAAAAUUUCCAGAGGGCCUGACAACAGGUUCAUUUCCAGAAAGCCUUCAGGAAUUUUCUCCAACAGCCACUCGAAAACGUUCUACCCCAAGACAGCCAUCCUACCCUGCUGAAAAUAAGUGGAGGUUUACUACUGAUGACCUAAACAAAAUACAGCUUCGUUUUGAUGAAAUUCUUAUUCCUACUGAUGCAAACAGUCGCUACAGUAGGCUGACAAAGUCAUCAAGUGCACGGAGCAGUCGUGCUUCAUCUGUAACUAGCUCAGAUAGUGGCUUUUCAAAAAGUAGCAGACCAUGGAAAUAGGAAAAAAAAGUUGUAAAUACAUGGAACAUUUUUAUUGCAUAGGAUUUCAUCAGCCUACACUAAAAGUAAAUGUUUUCUGUAUAAUUUGUAUAGUUUUAAUAUUUGUACCUUUCCUAAUGUAUUAUGUUCUGUAAAUGUUUGUGUGAGCUAGAUGUCAUUUGUUUGUACUGCUAGCAUCUAUUUCUAGAAUGCAACGAUCUUCUCUCUCCCUCCACCCCCCGAACACCCCCCAUUUGAUGGUGCUAUGCUAGAAAAUGUUUAUGGUGUACUUAAUGGAAAAUAAUUUAACUAUGCUAAAUAAAAGAUUUCUAUCCAUUGUAGAAUAUUUUAAUAUUGGUGGAUGUCUGAUAUCUUUUUAAUAGAAAAAGAAUUAGAUUAUUUCACAGCUAAAUUAUUGGUUACUUAUUUAUAAUACUUGUUGGGAUUUGUUUUGAAUCCGAUUUCACCUUAGCUGAUGAAUAUCAUACCAGCUUAAAAUGCUAUGGGGGUCUUUUGCUUCUAAAUUCACAUUAAACGUUAGUGCAAAUUAUGUAGUUUGCUGUAUUUUUAUUCUUUCAGCAUUUUUUUUUUUUUUUUUGCAAAUUAUAUUCUUUAAACAAAUUAUGACUUGAGAAUAUGCAGUUUCUAAGAAUAUUAAAAAAUGUAAAAAAUAAUUUAAAUACUACAUUACUAACAGUUAAAUAUUUAAUGUUUAGUGUGUAUCAGUUUAAAAUGCAUUUAUGAAACCUUUAAAAAUCCAUAAAUUUGCUUGGGAAAGUUGUUGUAAGGAAAAACUUGAAGACAAAAUGAAAGUAAUUUAUUUGCAAAAUGUACAUACUUUAUGUAAAUAUGUUUGCUUGUUAUUUCUGUAUAAACCUGUUCAAAUCCUAGUAAUAUGUCGUCUGUCGUAAGUUACGUAUUAAUACUCCUUAGAUGACCUUUUAAGAGUUUGAUUUCCAUUCUUCCCAUUAUUUUUAGUUUUAUAAGGUUGUGUGUACUGUGUACAAAAUAUGCAGUUAUUUUUAAAUAUAAAACUUAGCAUUCUUACCAGGGAGGUCACUUUUUGGUGUUUGUUGUCUAAUUUUACUUAAGUUUUAACAGUGUUCAAAUGUCAUUAUGUUUUAAUUUAAUAAAGUGUACAAAUAUUAA